AUGGUUAAAAUUUGGCCCCAUGGGUCUGUUAAUGGGGAAAAUGUCCCCCCAUCGGGUCUAGCGGGGAUGGGUCCGUUCCCCCUCCCCCCAUACCCGUUAAACCAUGGUCCCACGCACCCGCCCACCACGCACACUCGCAAUCGCUCUCGCUCUCUCGCAGGUCGCAGCUCCACUCCACUCCACGCCGGCAGCUCCUGCGUGCGACCGGCGGCUCCACCGCUCCACCAAGAUGGCUGGUUCCGCUUCCGCGGCUGCGCUGGCGCUGUCAAGCCCGCAGGCCGCAACGGGAGAAGGCGAGCAGAACUCCACCUCGAGGCCGGCGGUCAAGUCACCGACGCCGCCGCUGCAGAUCCAGACCGGGAACGCUGUGUCCUCACCGGAAAUGCCAACUUCGUCUCGCGUGGGGUGAGUAUUUCCAUUUCCCCUCUUCUUUAUCUGUUGUGGGACGCCGCCGCUGCCGUCGCUGCAAAAGGUAAAGCAGUGGUUGGACAGGGCCGCCGUCCACUGCAGGCACGCAUAAACAGCAAACGAAGCCGUCUCGCCAUUGAAGGAGCACCUGCACCGAAGACUCCUCCUUCCUCCAUCCUUCAGAAGUUUAAAUCAAUGGGGUUUGAUUCGAUUCACGCUAACCCCUCUGUACUUUGCAUUUUUUUAAUUGUUGAGUGA